AUGCAUUGUAGGAUCCCACAUGCUGAUUCGGAAGCGAAAACGAGUUAUCUUUCUCAUUGGGUGGAUUCUCAUAUAAGUGACGGAGACAUUGCGCUGAGGAAACCAGUUCUUUUCACAGAAGUCGGCUCAAGUCGGCACGUGGAUGAGAAUGGAGUGUUUGACAGAGAUGUUUUGUUGAAAACAGUGUAUGAUAAAAUUUAUGAAUCCGCAAAGAAGAGGCGGGCUGGUGCUGGUGCUGGUGCCUUUAUCUGGCAGUUACUAGUUGAAGGCGUGGAUGGAUACAGUGAUGAUUUUUCUUUCGUGCCCCAAGAUUAUCCUUCCACCUAUAAACUGAUAAAACAACAAUCAUGUAGGCUGCAAAGUAUUUCUGCAAAAGACAAAGAAAGCCUCAACAGAAUGAUCCUUGCUUCGAUCAGUUGUAAAUGA